AUGGGGCUUGAUUGGAACAUCUACAGUCUUAACUUCUUCGUGCCUCUGUGCAGCUGUCAGGAGACCGGCGUGGGUCUGGUGCUCAAUCCCAGUACGGUGCUCCCUCUGGUGCCCAGUCUCAGUACGGUGCUCCCUCUGGUGCCCAGUCUCAGUACGGUGCUCCCUCUGGUGCCCAAUCUCAGUACGUCCAACGGAGGCUAUGGUCAGCAGUCCAACGGCGGCUACAGCCAGCAGUCCAACGGAGGCUACGGACAGACAGAGCCUCCUACGCCCUACUCAUUCAGCUACGACGUCCUGGAUGUCCGUGGUAACGACUUUGGCGCGGCCGAGGAGUCCAACGGCGAGGAGACCGUCUCCUACUCGGUCCAGGGCGACUCUGGCUUUGUGGCCGACGUCGAGUACGAGGGUGAGGCAAAGUUCCUCAACGCCUACGGCGAGGAGGAGGGUCGCAGCAACGUCAAGAGGGGACGUGGCCCGACCGGAGGUCAGGGUUACGGCUCCAGCCAGGGAUCGGCGUAUGGAAAAUAA